AAAUUCUGAAAGUGGGGGGUUGAUCACAAUAUGGGAGACGCUCUACCUGUUCGGACAGCCAUUUCGUGAAACGAAAAGAACGCAUGUUUGAUGGUUCUUUAAGAACUAACUUGCAAGACAAUGGGUUACCCGGGAAUCGACACAGAGAGACCGGAACCUGACCUCCGCCCCACGGAGGUGAACUUUGUCUUACUGGGCAGAACGGGUGCUGGGAAAAGUGCGUCCGGAAACACCAUCCUGGGAAAAAAGGUGUUUGAGUCAAAAUUUGGUGCCAAAUCCAAAACAAAUGAAUGUAGGGAGGCCACGGCACUUGUUUCAGGAAGGCGGCUGACGGUGCUGGACACACCAGGCCUGUAUGACACAAGACACGGCAUGGAGAAAUUUGAAUCUGAAAUGCCAAAAGUGAAAGAAUUUUCACGCAAAGGCCAGUGUAUACUUCUGCUGGUGAUAGAGCUGGGUCGAUUCACAGAGGAAGAGGAGAAUUCCAUCAGGGACAUCCUUAAGUCUUUUCCACGUGAGCCCUUGAGUAAAUUCAUGAUCCUUUUCACAAAUGGGGAUAGGCUAGAAGGCCAACCUAUUGAGGAGUUCCUUGAAGAUGCGGACGAUAACCUGCAAAGGGUAUUGGACAGGUUUGGAAACAGGUAUCAUGUCUUCAACAACAAAUCCGACCCUGAUGACGGACAAGUUCUGCAGCUCUUGGAGAAAGCGGAUGACAUGCUGAUGGAAGACCAGCAGUCAAAAGAAUUCCCAAUUCCGAAUCUCGACGUUAUUAUCGAGGACUUCAUUCGUUUCCAAUGUAAGUAGGUAAGGUAGGCUGGAACAGUGUGUACAUAUGCUUACAUGUCAAGACACGUUACAAGCUCACUUGUGAUGGCUGGGCAAAAGCAUGUUUUUAACUAUAAAUCUCCUGAGAGUGUGACUGGUGAUCAGCCCUCUGGCGGUGUGUAUGUUAUUCACAAAGGCUUUUCUUUUCUUCAGCUCGUGAGGAGGAAGAUGACGAGACAACACCGGAGCCGCUCAGGCUCGUUCUGCUGGGCAAGGCCGG